UCGCUCGCGGUGUGGUGAGCGCGUCCCUUUCCGCCCGUCCCUUGUAACACACGUUUCCGCACACGUUUUUUUGCGGGAUUAGUGAUUUUUGCCUCGGCACUUUUCUCGCGAGAUCCUUGUGAAAAACAUUUUUUUCCUGCGAGGAGGGGAUCCCGGUUUUUCUUCCGGAAAGCGCAAAUCACGAGAUCUCAAACGGACAUAAGGAAUAAUCUACAGUAUCAGCAGCUACCCUAUGGAGACCAUCUUAGCUGGUGCUGCGUGUAGGACCACAAGGUGACGUCACCGCGGAACCGCGGUAAAAGGCGAAGCACAGCUCGCACCGGAAGUGACGUAAUAAAAUGACAGAAAACGCGGGAGCCAAUUUCCGGUCGCGCCCCGUUCGUUCCCCCGUUUGUCGCUCCAGACUAGCCGGCCUGGAGUGAAAGUGGGAAAUGGUUGAGUGAGUCGUGAGGGAAUGGAAAAUUCGCUGAAAGGACCCGGCAAACGCGCUGGAGAAUCUCAAAUAUGCACCAAGGCUCGAGCUUUGGAUGUUUCGGUUGUUAUGGAGCGAUGUCAUGGCAGUGCGCACGGUGCUUCAAACAAGUUCGAUGCGUCUAGAUGCGUUGCAAGAAUUUAUUUUACAAUUUUUACUUUAGCGAUGCAGAAUAUUCGAAGUGCCUUCAUUGAAUUUAGAUAGGCAACAAUUCAACAGCAAGAUUAAAAUGACUCGUGGUUUCUUGGCUGUGUGUUUUCUAAGUUUACUAUUUAUCUCGUUAUAUACCUAGGAUAUUGAGAAGCAAAAUCAAGGCUCCUGUUCGAAUAGAACGAUCGAGAAUAUUUCUCACUCCGGUGCGCGAACUACAAAAUGCUAAUAUUUUGAGUUUCUCUUGUCCAUGUAUCCACUAAUAGUCAGUGAUAUACUUAGCGUUUGUUUUGGAUGUCUAAUUUCCAAUGAACUUCGUGCCUCAAUCUGCGCUCAAAGCAAAACGCAGGCCAGUCUGCAAUAAGUUUUCUUGUCCAGAGUAGCUAUUUUCAGCCGAUUGACUCAAAAUCCCUCCCCAGAGUUCGCAUAAUAUCCAUCCGCUGUUAAAAUUCUUAGAAUCUGGAUAUCCUCCAAUCGCUCCAUCGUCCAGCGUUGAUACCUCCAAGUGACUUCUAAAUCCCUCCCCGGAGAUCGUCAAAUCGUUGAUCGGAUGCGAUUCCGCUGUCACUGCUCUCGGCGUCUGGAGAUCCUCCAGCUGUUCCAUCGUCCAGCGUGGAGAUCUCCAAGCGAAUCCUAAAUACCCCUUUGGAGGACGUGAAUAAUUAACUCUGAAUCCCUCUUUGGAGAUCGUCCCACUGCAAUUGCUUACUUUUCAAGCCGCGUCCCGCCUUUAAGUCUCUCGGUGUCUGGGGAUCGUCCAACUACUCCGUUGCUCAGCGUGGAGAUCUUCUACUUACUUCGUCGCUCAGCGUGGAGAUCUUCUAACCACUCCGUCGGUAAGCGUGGAGAUCUUUUAACACUCCGUCGCUCAGCGUGGAGAUCUUCGAGCUACUCCAUCGCUCAGCGUGGAGAUCUUCUAACUACUCCGUCGCUCAACGUGGAGAUCUUCUAACCACUCCAUCGCUCAGCGUGGAGAUCUUUUAACCACUCCGUCGGUAAGCGUGGAUAUCUUUUAACACUCCGUCGCUCAGCGUGGAGAUCUUCGAGCUACUCCAUCGCUCAGCGUGGAGAUCUUCCAACUACUCAGUCCCUCAGCGUGGAGAUCUCCUAACUACUCCGUCGGUAAGCGUAGAGGUCGUCUAAGUACUCCGUCGAGAUCACCCUUACUUCGACGCGGUCGGAUGCCGUUUAGGACUCGGGGCGUCUGGAGAUCGUGAGUGCGCGAUGCGGAGCGUGGAGAGCAAGACGACGCUGCUGGCGGCGCCGCCUCUGGACAACUUCACGUGUUCGCCCUCCCGGCCGCCGGCUUUGACGGCGCUGGGCCUCACGCAGGCCUUCUUCAUCGCCACCCUCUCGCUCAGCAUCCUCGUCGCCAACCUCCUCGUCAUCACCGUCAUCAACAGCCGCCGCUACUCCAAGUACAUUCACUCACAGCCACGGUACCUGCUGACGUCACUGGCGAGCAAUGAUCUAGCCAUCGGUGUUUUCAUAACUCCGUUUGGUUUUCUCUCGGCGUUCUUCGACUGCUGGAUGAAUGGGGACAUCGUUUGUCAAAUCCAGGCAAUUCUUCGCGGCGCUCUGACGCAGCAAAGCGCGAUGCUACUCAUCAUAAUGGCCAUCGACAGAUAUAUCUGUAUGCUUCAUCCGUUCAAAUACCACAAACACUGGAGUAAAAAAUGGUGCAUGUUCUUCAUCAGCCUGACGCUGGUGUUCUCGCUGGUGACGUUCUCGCUGAUGGUGCUCCAGCGCGGCGGGUACUACUACAACGCGAGCGGGCUACUGGCGUGCGACCCCUUCUACUCGCGGCCCUCCUUCCGGAUCCUGGCCGCCUGCCUCUUCUACUUCCCGACCACCAUGCUCCUCAUGUACUGCUACGGCUCGGCCUUCCACGUCAACAAGCUCCGGCUCAGCACCGUCGUCAACUCCGUCAUCGGCCCCGGACACGGCCCCCACGGACAGCCCUCCGACGCCGCCCUCACCGACGCCGCCAUCGAGAAGAUGUUGGCGCAAGAAAGGCGGAUGAGUAUGAACACUUCGCGAACGAUGGCCGCCAUGUCUUUAGGCUUCAUCGUGGUCGUCACCCCUUGGACUAUCCAGGAGGUAGUUGCAGCUUGCACCGGCUCUAAGAUGCCGGCUGUCUUAGAUUUUUUCAUUACUUGGCUGGCUCUGAGUAAUAGUUUUUGGAAUCCUUUUCUAUACUGGCUCUUGAACAAUAAUUUCCGGCGGAUCGGCCGAGAGCUUUUUUUCAAAAAUAUCCUGUGUCGCUCGGAGAAGAAGCGGAAAUCGGCGGAGGCGCUGCCGAGAUGCUGCUCGAACGGGUUCAUCUCGACGAUGACGUCAUCGGGUGCGUCGAGGGAGGCCCAGGCCCAAGCGCAGGCGCAGUUGCACCACAACCGGGACCUGGAGGGCCUCAGCGAGAAGUACUGGGGCGAGAUCCUGGAACGGACCGUAUCCUGCAGCAGCCUCCAGACCCUGCAGAGGGUCUACCCCCCGCCUCCCCCGCCCAAGAGCAAGCCCCCUCCCGGCGAGUCCUUCUACUUCCUCAACGACUGCUGAAGUGCUGAAACUCACCUCCGAGACCCCCUCACUUCAGCCGGACUGAAACCAUGCGCCUGUGAUCCGUGCAAGAAUUUUCCCAUCUCGUCGCUCUCAAGGCGGAAGAACGACUCCGGCCACUUCUGCCGUGCUGAGAAAAAACGCCGUAGGAGACUUUAAACGUUGCCAGAUUUCCGUAAAUUAAACUCGAAUUUACUAGGAGAAUUUUAAAUAUUUUUCUUCAAAUCUGGCAGACGAUUUUGUUCGCAAUUUGAUGGAAAAUUUCCGAGAAAAUACGGAAAUAUGUUACGGCAAAUGUUUGUACGGAAUGUUAAUACGUAUGUUAAUGCGGGAAUAUUUUAUGUAAAUACGGAAUAUGUUUUAUCCGGGGAAAUUUGGCAACUCUCGAAUGUUCAUACGAUGUUUUUCCUUAGCACGGCAGACCUCUCCAGCGGAUGAUCACGUGUUUCAGUUGUGCUGGUCUCAGAAUCGUGUUUUGAUUCUUGAUUCUUGUAGAUUAGCUAAAAAUAAUAAUAAUAAGAUAUAUCCAAACAGCAACUUUCUACGUUCAAUAUUGUCGAAGAUAUCGCCCUUUGAAAAG